ACUAUGGCAUGUAUUCAUAUCGUGAUUUUUUUUUAAAUAAACUUUCGGUCAUAAGUCGAACGUUAUGUAUUUUUUAUAUAUUUUUUUUCUUUCUUUACUUUCGUGUUCUGUUGUUAGUCAAGAUCCUGUUGUAAAUUUAUCCCAAGGUCGUGUUGUUGGGAUAAAAGUGUUUACUGAAAAUGCACUUAAACCAAUUGAAGUGUUUUUUGGAAUACCGUAUGCAGCUCCACCAACAGGGAGAUUAAGAUUUUCGCCUCCGGAACGACAUAUAGGUUGGCGGAGAACUUUAUUUGCUCAUCGUUUGCCACCACGAUGUCCCCAUUCAGGGAAUGAUAGUGAUAUCAGUGAAGACUGUUUAUAUCUUAACAUAUGGACUCCGCGGAGAGUGGAUGUAAGUCUGCAGCCAGUAAUUAUUAUUCUGUACAGUGAAACCUGGCUCAAAAACGGCGUUAAUUUGCCUUGCCAAGAGUUAGCUGCAGAAGGCUUCGUGGUUGUGACCGUAGCUUACAGGCUUCAUAUAUUAGCAUUUUUUACUCUAAAAUCAAUUGGAGCACGUGGAAAUCUUGCCUUACUAGAUCAAUAUAUGUCUUUAAUAUGGGUUCGAGAAAAUAUAGCGGCGUUUGGUGGAGAUCCAAAUUCAAUAACACUAGCGGGCCACUCUGCUGGAGCAGAUAGUGUUCUUCUUCACAUGGUGUCACCUCGUUCUAUAGGUUUAUUCCACAGAGCCAUAAUUAUGUCACCUCAAAACAUUUGGAAAGCGAUUGAAAAAGAUAACGAUCAUAAUAAUUCCGAUAUCGUAAAGUUAUCAAGAGGCGUCGCACAAUCUUUAGGCUGUUUAAGUGCUACAGAAAGUGAAAUUCUUCAGUGCUUAAAAAUUCAAUCUUUAAAGGAUAUAAUGUCUCAAUAUUCGAACAAUUGGACAGAUAUUAUUCAACCAAUUCCUGAUAAUUUUUUACCAGAAUCGGAACAAUAUUUACCGACAACACUUUCAGCGGCGUUAGCGUCGGCGAAAUCACCUAUUAUUCCUGUUGAUGUCAUUAUAGGAACUACUGAUCUGGAAACAAUUAAUUAUGAUAACAAUUACGAAGAAAUUAUAAAACUUGGUGGUGAUCACUUAUACAAUCAAACUAAAUCAACAGUUAUUCCAAGCUUAUUACGUUUGCUUUCGUUAGACCGACCAGAAACAUCGACACUUUUAUCACAGAUAAUUCAAUGGGAAUUUUUGGGUACUAAAAUACGAAAAGAUAAUGAACAACAAACUGUAAAAAUGAUAGAAGCCAUUGCGCGAAUGGAGACAUCUGCUAAAUGGGAAGCUGGAUGUGCUCUUUUGGCAGCGAGGUUAGCUCGCCGAAUUUCACAUCUAUAUGUUUAUCAUUACUCACAACCAUUUGGAACAGAUUUAAAAGGUCAACAAUUUAAUUUUACAGGGGCAACACACGGCGCAGAACUGUUAGCAGUUUUAGGUGAUGCUUUAAUGCUCCAAAUAGCACGUAGACCAACAUCGCAAAAUGAAAAAGAAAUCUUCAAUAAAUUUCGAAAAUAUAUUAAAAACUUCGUUACAUAUGGGUCACCAGGUACCCAAAAGGAAUGGCCAAGAUAUAUGGUGGGAGACUCGUAUAUACAUGAAGUAUGUAAUGCAGAUUUUACCGAUUACAACCAAUACAAGCUCAUAAGGAGGAUAUCUUUUUGGCUUCAGUAUUUACCACGCUUAUCUAAUAAACUCAGUUUUAAUGAACAAGCUGAAAAAAUAACUAUUGGAAAUGAUGGCAAUCGGCUUCGCGGAGGUGUUAUAGCCUUGUGCGGCGUUUCAGUCAUGUUUUUAUUGCUGUUGGGUGUUAGCGUUGUUAUACUACAUAAAUGGCGAACUAGACGACCCUUGGACUUCGAUUCACAAGUAGCAAAUUAAUAAUCAUAUUCAGCUGUACGAAGUUAAACACGUGAAAAAUCCUUAACAUUAAACUAUAUGAUAUAAAUAAAGAUGAAAAAUAUUGUCGUUUUU